AUGGCAGAGUCGGCUGCGCCGGAUCCAAAGCGGCCACGGAAGGGGUCAUUCGACCCACUGGCGACCUGUCGCGGGAUGAGCAAAGUUCUCAUACUGGAUGGCCACUUGGGCAUGCAGCAGUUUGGCCUGCGAUGUCAAUACCAGAAAGAGAACCCGAAGUUCGAAGCCAGGCUGGGUGAAGACAUUGACCACUCGCUGUGGUCUGCCCGCUGCCUCGUGAAGAACCCUGGAGUCAUCAAGCAGGCGCACGCAGACUACUACGCAGCCGGUGCCGCUGUUGCGAUCACAGCCUCCUACCAGGCGCACUUUGAUGGCUUCCGGGAGCUCGGGGUCGGCGAGGAAGAGGCGCUGAGAGCAGUGAAACGCUCCGUCGAACUGGCGCGCGAGGUGGCCCCGCCGGGGGCGCUGGUGGCGGGCAGUGUGGGCAGCUACGGCGCCUCGCUGCACAAUGGCGCCGAGUACACGGGCGACUACCCAGGCAUGGAUGAGGCGAGCCUCCAUGACUGGCAUCGGCCGCGAGCCAAGGCUUUGGUCGAUGCGGGCUGCGACGUCCUCGCGUGUGAGACAGUGCCUUGCCUUCUGGAAGCUCGCGCUCUGGUUCGGCUCUUGAACGAACUGGAGCAUCCAGCCUGGGUGACCUUUUCUUGCAAGUCGGACAGUGAAGUCCAUUCGGGCGACACUAUCGCGGACUGCGUGGCCGUUGUGGGCGCCUGCGACUGGGUGGUUGGAGCCGGUGUGAACUGCACGCAUCCGGACUUCGUGGCUGGCCUCGUCCAGCGCUGCCGGAAAGCCCUUCCCCCCGAGAAGAGCGUGGUCGUGUACCCCAACUCCGGCGAGGUGUGGAAUGGCACGACGCACACCUGGGAGACGGGCACCGCCACGGCCGACGAGCGGUUUGUGGAGAUGGCCCGUGAGUGGUUCAAGCUUGGGGCGACGUGUAUCGGGGGCUGCUGCAGGACGGGGCCCUCCACCAUCGCGGCGCUGAAAAAGGGUCUGACCCCAUAA